ACGACAUACCGUGAGUGAGUCGGCAUUGGUGUUACGGUUGUUGAUCUAUCCGCCAGUCCAUUACUUCAGCCUCCCAUUCCGCAACCAUGGUUUUACGGGCAGUUUGCGUUCUUCGUGGGGACUCUAAUGUUACCGGCACGGUUGUAUUUGAGCAAGAGGGUGCUGACAGUCCAGUGAAGGUAUCGGGGGAACUGACUGGGCUGGCCCCAGGUAAACAUGGAUUCCAUGUCCACCAGUUUGGAGACAACACAAAUGGUUGUACAAGCGCUGGUGCUCAUUUCAAUCCAUUUGGAAAGGAGCAUGGUGCCCCCGAGGACGACGACAACAGACAUGUGGGAGAUUUGGGGAAUGUAGUGGCAAAUGAUGAGGGGAAAGCCCCAAUCGACAUCACAGAUAAACAACUAAACUUGACGGGACCACACUCCAUCAUCGGUAGAACUGUAGUGGUACAUGCUGAUGUGGAUGACCUGGGCAAAGGCGGUCACGAACUGAGCAAGACGACAGGAAAUGCUGGCGGCCGGCUGGCUUGUGGCGUGAUCGGCAUUAGUAAAUAACUGUUGAUAACCAACAGCAUACUGUUGUACUUUACCAUUCUCCGAGAUGAUGCACGGCUAGGACAUUGCACACAAGUGUUAAUAUAUCCGUAGUUUUUCUCUGAACACUUCACACGCUGUAAAUCCAUGCUCAUUCAGCAGAGUCUAGUAUAGAAACGAUUACGGGUAGAAAUUUGUGUGUACAGGAUGUUGGCGGAAAAGUUUGAAAACUGGAUUCGCUGAGGUAACACGAAGCCAAAUACAGUGUAGGUGCAGAAGGCCAUAAGGGCAACAUAUUUUCAUUAUAAUUAAAUUACUUUAGUGUAUACCAGUUUCUGCUUUGGAAAGGGGCGGUGAUCAACAAGUGAUUAUUGAUUAAAUUUUCUUUGGUUCGUGUGCCUUGAUUGAUAAUCACCAUAAGUAUGUAUAUCAAACCCUAGUUUUGUAUCACAACAACGGUUUUUUGGAUGUUUAUAUCGUUUCUAUGUGUGGUGAUUACUGUCUUGUUGCGAAUCUUUAACCAUUGUUAACCAGGUGAGAAAAAGUGCUAUACAAACACAGAAAAUAAAAAAAAAAGAACGCUU